AUGGUGCAGCGGCUCGCGGCCAAAGGCAAAACGGUGAGCUCGUUCCCGGCCAAGGACGCGUUCCACUAUGCCCAAGGCGGUGUCAGAGUUCCGAGCGCAGCCAACGCCAAGCUCUUUUCCGCGGACGCAUUUUGCGCAUAUGGCAUCACCGCCUCGAAAGCCGCCGCAAAGGAGUUGCUCACGCAAUACCCCGACCCAAGCCAGUGGACGGUCGCCAUCCUCGCCGAAUACAAGGUCGACUUCUUCAUCACGAAAGACGUCGUGUACAUACAAGGCAUGAAAAACUUUACUGCGUACGGCGUCCCGACGCCUGGUAGCACGCUCAUAGGCCAAGACGCGCUCAACCACCUCGGCAUCGACCGCUUCUGCGAUGCCUCAAGCAGUGCCAAAUGGCCGGGCGUCACGAGUGCGACCAAGUACGACAUCGUCACCAUUAAGAAACAAGAGAUGGUCGUCAAGGCGCCCGGGAAGCUGGCCAAGGCCAUCUCGUACGGCCUCUUGAUUAUGUCGCUCGUCGUCGAGACGGCGUACUUUGUCAAUGCCUAUGCCGCCGCCGAGUACAAGCUUGACCCGUGCAUCGACUUUGGCAUCCAAAUUAGCGCCACGCUCGGCGGGUUUGCGGCCGCCAACUCUAUCGCUGUUUACACCUCGGCCACGCUCGGGUACGGAAAGCUCGUCGCGACCGUCGCGUCGGGCGGUGUCGGCUUUGUAAUCGCCGGCGCCGCCAUCGGCGCGAAAUUUCUCGUCCCGUUGGUUUUGCAGUGGGCGCGGGGGCCACGGACGGUGUACCACUUUUCGCUCGUGGCCGAAGACAUGAUCGAGAUGUACACGGAAGACGAGUUCUUUGAUGAGACGAGCGCGGUGUGUGACGUCGACGUCCUGACGGACCAAUGCCUCAAGUUCAACGAGGCGGACCUGUACACCCACGACGACUACUUUUGA